GGCUGACAGAAAUGGGCCAAACUUUGCCACUGUUCACAAGAAUACUGAGCAGAUGAUCAAUGUGACCUUCACCUCCCUGGAUCUACUGCUUCACACGGAGGCUCUCCUCUCCACCAUAGACUUCCUGUCUUCUGCCCUGUCCUCCGGCAGCCUGCCCCCCUCACCAGAGGAGCCUAAGCAGAAGUCUGAGGAGAGCAGCAGGGCCAUCUCCGCCAAGUCAACGGCUCUAGGUUCUCCGUCGGACGGUGACGUCGUCGACCUGAAGGUGAUGAUGCGGCUGGGGGCGUUCAACGUCCUCGUGUGUGAUCAGAACUGCAACAUGGCUGACAUCAAGAUACAAGGUUUCAAUGGAUCCCUCCUGAUGCAAGGGCCUCAAACCCACAUCUCCGCCCGCCUUCGGGAUUUCAUCGUCAUUAAUGUUGACCCAAAAAGUAUUCACAAAAAGGCCAUCUCUAUCGUAGGAGACGAGGUGUUUAGUUUCAGUAUGAGUCUGACCCCCAAGGCGACAGAGGGAGCCGGCUACGCAGACACCUCCAAGACAGACGGGAAGGUCCAGCUCAACGUGGGCUGUGUCCAGGUCGUCUACCUCCACAAGUUUGGCAUGUCUUUGUUGAAUUUCAGCAACAACUUCCAGACGGCCAAGGAGGCGGUGAGUGUGGCCACGGCCCAGGCAGCAGAGAAGGCGGCCUCCAGCAUCAGGGACUUCGCCCAGAAGAGCUUCCGUCUCUCCAUGGACAUCAGGCUGAAGGCCCCUCUCAUCGUCAUCCCUCAGUCCUCCACCUCACACAAUGCACUGGAGGUGGACCUGGGGCUCAUCACCGUGGGCAACAGCUUCUCUCUACUUGCUGUGGAGGGAUGUCCACUUCCUGCUGUCAUUGACCACAUGGACGUACAGCUCACACAGCUCAAACUGUCCAGAAUUCACAUGGAAAAGACUCUCAGCCCAGUACUGAGCUGCUGGAGCCUGUCAACCUGCUCCUAACAGUGAAGAGAAACCUGGCUGCAGCAUGGUACCAGAAGAUGGCCGCCGUGGAGGUAGAGGGAGACCUCAAGCCCAUGAAGGU